AUGGCUCUGAAGUACUGCUCGAUAAGCAAGGACGGCUCCUACAAGUACCGCUUCGGAGCGUUUCGAUUUCCCAGGGUUAUUCCGAGACACAUUCGCAACCACAUCGAGACCAAACUGAUUGGGCACAGUGGCAUUGACAAGAGAAGCAUCGAUAACGACAGCGAAGGCCUGGCCGACGGUGGUGGACCGACCAGCACGUUGGCAGCCAUCGCGACCGACAAUCUCAUCCUUCUCUUUCGCAUCUUGAUAUUCUACCGAGAAGCGUCACACCGCGACGGCUUCUACAAUGCUGUGGGAGACGACCUUGGCGGUUGGCCUGGUCACAUUGUGGAGGAGACGCAGUCCGUCUUUGUCGAAGGCAGGCGACUGUUUCUUCAGCGGUUCUCGAGAACUGAUUACGUUUUGCCCACGUCUGUGGAGAUUCUUUGCUCCCUUGUGGACGAGUGGAUCGGUUUCCAGUCCACAGCUCAACGGCCCACUGCCAAUGUCACGGCCUCCUGGGGCCGGCUCCGCGAUACCUGGCGCAGUCGCGCCAGACACAACACCCGCGUCUUUGUCAUAUGCAAGCAGUGA